AUGUCUGACGAUCUCUUCCAACUUAACAGACCUUUCAAUCAACUCGAUGGCUUCUACACCGAAUGGUCCGAACACCUAACCAAAAACUGCAUCCGUACCUUGCGGCAUUUUCCAACCAACGACACUAACGACACCGUCCUCGGCGACAUACGCUCAUACUACGACACUCUAAACCAUUACGCCACUAAAGACACCAUCCUCUACUUCCUCUUCCCCUCGUGGCGCAGCAACUCCCUCGAGACCCCGAUCCUCUUCCUCGGCGACAUCCACCCUCGUCUUUUCACCAACCUCAUACAGUCUUUCAUGGACGACGACGGACUCAAUCAAGAUCCGAUCCUCACUUUCAGUAAUCUUGCUGCGUGGGAAGAACUAUCUUCCGAGCUUGAGAACACGAUUAACGAAACAGUCUCGCGUCUACUAGGUGAGAUGAAGGAAGCACAGGACGGUUUUAUAAGACGUUUCUCGAGUAAGUUUGUAUCGUCGUUUCUUGGUUCUUGGAGUGGAACGGUUGUAAUGGAUACGGCGACUUUAGUGACGACGACGGAUCAGGAUGAUGGUGCGAUGAUCAUGGAGGAGCUUGUGAGAAUCUUCCGUGAAGCGAAUAAACUGAGGAAGGAUACGAUCACCAGCAUUGUUGGAGUGUUGAACAUGAAUCAAAUCGCUCUCUUUCUUGAAAGCGUUUGCAAGUUUCUUGCUGGGUUUAAACAUCAGGAUCAUGCUUUUCAGAAUUCUCUGAUUGAUUAUCAUCUCAUUAACCAGCAGCUUCCAAAACAUGAACACCUCGUCAAUAUUCUUGAUCCAUCCGGAGUAAUUAAUGCACAAGCACACCACAAUUAUCCUCCGCCCAUGAUGCAGCAGCGUCCACCUUCGUGUCCACCACAUAUUGACCAGCUCUUCCAGCCUUUUGCUCCAUCCAGAUUGGUCCCGAAUUAUCCUCCUCCCCGCAUGAUGCCGCCUUAUGCACCUCUGCUUCUACCAGUUGGCCACCAGCGCUUCCCUCCUUUUGCUCCAUCCGGAUUGGUUAUUGCUCACCAGACUUAUCAUCCCCCCAUGAUGCACCAGUAUCCACCUCAGCAACAAAAACCUGAACAGGGUCACGUUAUAUAUGUUGGGAACUUGGCCCCAGCGGCCACGCAGGAGUUGCUAAGCGAGCGGUUUAGUUGUUAUCAUUCGGCUAGGGUAACAAAGAUUUGCGUUGGCAAAGGAGGUGGACACAAAUAUGGUUUUGUUAGCUUUGCAGAUGAAAGGGAGAAAUGUGAUGCUAUGGAGGCAAUGAACGGUCAAAUGUUUUUAGGUUGGGAAAUGCAUAUUGGUCCUGCAGCUAAGAACUCUAUCUAG